AUGAAGCAAGAAAUCAAUAAUUUCAUGCAGACAGAUUCAGAAUCUGUAUACCAGGCAUGGGAAAGAUUAGCAGCAAUGUUAAGAAAAUGCCCACAUCAUGGUAUCCAAGACCCUGAUAUUUUAUAUAUUUUCUAUCACGGUCUUAAACCCUCUGCUAGAAAUGUAAUUGAUGCAGCAUCAGGAGGAUCAAUAAUGGGAAAAACUACUACACAAGCAAUGCAAUUGCUUAAUGAAAUUUCGGAAAAUGCUGUUCAAUGGCCCUCAGACAGAAUGAUUAUCAAAAAAACAGCAGGAGUAAAUCAAGUUGAAGCUUUGAAUUCAUUGACACAACAAAUUGCGACUUUAACACAAAAAGUGGAGGCUUUUCAGGUAGGUGCUCACUCAUCAUCCCAACUUGAGAAUUGUGAUGUUUGUCAAGGUAAUCAUCCGAAUCAUGAAUGUCAAGUUUCAACGCAAAAUGAAGAACAGGUAAAUAUGAUUGGUUAUAGAAAUAAUUACUCAUUUGGUAGUCCCAUGGCACAAAAACAUCCAGGAUUUCAAUGGAAUAAUCCUAAUGGUGCUGAAAAUCCUCAAAGAUUUUUCAAUCAAAAGCAGCAGGUACAGGGACCACCUGGUUUUCAAAAUCAAAACAGAGGGCAACAAGAUUUCCAGAAAUAUCAACAACCACCCCAAAGAGCUCAUCAGCAAAGCCUAGAAGACAUGAUGUACAAAUUCAUUAAGGCUACUGAUGAGAAGUUUGAAAGUCAAAGUUCAGCCAUCAAGAAUUUAGAAAUUCAGAUGAGCCAAUUAGCAACCCUCAUGUCUGAAAAAAUAAAAGGUGCUCUACCAAGCAACACCGAGAAAAAUCCAAAGGAACACCUCAAAGCCAUCUCUCUGCGGUCAGGUAAAACUCUUGAUGAUCCAUAUGCAGAUAGACAAGGAAAACCACAAGAAGUGGAACAGAAACUUGGCGAUCCAGGGAGUUUUACAAUUCCUUGUACUGUGGGAGGUGCUCACUUUGAAAAAGCAUUAUGUGAUUCGGGUGCUUCAAUAAAUCUAAUGCCUUUUUCAAUUUUCAGGAAAUUAGAACUUGGUGAAAUGAAAGAUACUGGUGUGUCUCUCCAAUUAGCUGAUCAAAGUACUAAAAAACCAAAAGGAAUUAUUGAAAAUAUCCUUGUCAGAGUUGACAAAUUUGUAUUCCCAGUAGAUUUUAUAGUGCUUGAAAUGGAAGAAAAUACUGAGGUACCAUUAAUUUUAGGGAGACCAUUUCUCGCAACAUGGAGAGCAAUUAUUGAUGUUCAUCAAGGACAACUAAUUUUGCGAGUUGAUCAGGAAAGAGUAAUUUUUGACAUGCAGAAAAUGAUGAAAUAUCCUGGGGAUGAGUCAUCAGCAUCUUGUUUUCAAAUUGACUUACUAGAUGACCUUGUAGACGAAUACAAAGAUAAUCAGUUAAUUACUAAUUCAUUGGAAAGAUGUUUAGUCAGGUCAGAACAGGAAUACAAACUGAUAGAAGUCUUGAGGAAACAUAAAAGAGCUUUAGGGUGGACUAUAGCUGACAUCAAAGGAAUCAAUCCAGCUAUUUGUAUACAUAGGAUCCUCAUGGAAGAAAAUUACAAGCCAAUAGUCCAACCCCAAAGGAGACUUAAUCCAGCAAUGCAAGAAGUUGUCAAGAAAGAAGUAGUGAAACUUCUAGCGGCAGGUAUCAUUUAUCCAAUAUCUGAUAGCCCUUGGGUAAGUCCUGUACAGGUAGUACCAAAGAAAGGAGAUAGUUGCAGAAAAGCAUUUGAGUUUCUCAAAAAACAAUUGACUAAUGCUCCAAUUGUUGUCUCUCCUGAUUGGAGCCAGCCAUUUGAAAUAAUGUGUGAUGCAAGAACAAAGGUUACAGUGUUCACUGAUCAUGCAGCCUUAAAGUAUCUAUUAGCAAAGAAAGAUGCUAGACCUAGAUUGCUAAGAUGGAUACUCCUUUUGCAAGAAUUUGAUCUCGAAAUAAAAGAUAGAAAAGGUUCAGAAAAUCAGGUAGCUGAUCAUUUGUCACGUCUAGAGAAUCCUCCUACUGAAAUACUAGAUAUCCAAGAGGAAUUUCCUGAUGAGCAUAUCUUUUCUGUCGCAACGGUUGUAAAUAGACCUCCUUAG